UGUGUGCGUGUAGGUGUGGUCACAAGCCUACCUGAACCACAGCAGACAGUAUAAGAGGCUCACCGGAGCCGUCUGGGGCUCAUACCUGAGGGAGACUCACCUGAGCCGUCUGGGGUUCGUACCUGAGGGAGACUCACCUGAGUUGUCUGCGGCUCAUACGUCAGGUGAACAUGCAUCUGUGGAUGCUACUGAGUCUUACGGCUGUCAUGGGUGCAGUGUGUUCGGAGUCUCUUAACUGUAGUUACCUGUCUCUGCUGGAGCACCUGGGGGUGGGAUCCAACAACUACAGCCUCUCAGCCACCCGCCCUGUCAGGAACUGGAGGACUCCCACCUACGCCACUGUAGACCUUUACCUCUACGUCAUCAUAGACGUGAAUGAGAAGUCGCAGAGCUUCACCACUGGAGUGAGCCUGUCUGCUUCCUGGACCAAUGAGCUCCUCCGCUGGAACCCUAAGGACUUCUGUGGGAUCCGUCAGAUCAACGUCCCCAAAGACGACGUGUGGAGACCCUACUUCACCAUCAUGGAGAGCAUUGAGGCGAUGCACAGUGGGGCUGAGAGUGCCCGCGAGGUUGUACUGAGGUCAGCUGGCAGGGUCUCCUUCGGAGACACUUACAAGAUCACCAGCACCUGCAACAUGGAUCUGUACAAGUUCCCCUUCGACACACAGAAAUGCCAACUCACACUUUUGACCUUGCUCAACACAAUUGACCAGCUGCGUCUAGUCAUCGCCUCCAACUCCUCGGAUGUGACGACGAGGUCCCUCACGGUGUUCCAGACGCAGGGCGAGUGGGACCUCAUCAGUAUCCACGUCUCCAAGGACAACCUGACCAUUGGCCCCCAGGAUGUGUUGGACCAGCUAGUGUAUACGAUCACCAUUGCCAGGAGGCCCCAGCUGUACCUCAUUAACUUCCUGGUUCCUGUCUUGCUCUUCCUGGUUUUGGACCUAAUGUCCUUCUUCAUCAGCGGGUCAGGAGGGGAGAAGCUGAGCUUCAAGGUCACCGUGCUGCUGGCCAUCUCUGUCCUGCUGCUCAUCCUCAACGAUAUCCUGCCCUCCACAGACCAGAAAACUCCUGUUAUAGGUCAGUCCAACACACACACACACACACACACAUAUAGCCUACACACAUGUGCACCAUUGUAUUCAGGCAGGGAAGAGGGCAGCCAUGAACGCAAUUGCUUGAUCUCCAUGUCCACAGGAAUGUUCUGCACUGGGGUCUUCUCAUUGGUGGGCUGCAGCAUUGUGGAGACCAUCACUGUCAGUUUCCUGAUGCGGAUGGCCUCGAAGUGUGAUGCGAAGGCUUUCACCUGGAGGACCCCAGAGAAGAAUAAAGGGGAAGGGACCAAUCAGCCAGCUGACAGCACAGGAGUGGGUCACCAUUUGAAGAGGAUGGAGGACGAUUCAUCUCUGCUGCGCCUCAUCCUGGCUGAGCUGCAGGUGUUUCGGACACACACGUCCUCCCAUCACCCAGAGCAUCAUGGGAAGACCUGCCUGUACCUGAAGACAGUAGCCAAGUGGAUAAAUGCUGUUUACUUCAUCUUGUAUCUCUGUGCUGCCUUUGCCUUUCUAGCUUGGAUUGGUAAAGAGUGGUUUCACUAGCUGUACUUACAGUACUUCUGCACUUACAAUACCUAAUUUGAGUGAGUACUUCUGCACUUACAGUGUACUUCUGCACUAAUAC